AUGGCACCACCAGCAUUCUCCGAUAUUCAAAAAUCUAGUAACGAUUUAUUAAACAAGGAUUUCUUCCACUUGUCCACAGCCGCAGUUGAUGUCAAAUCUACUGCACCAAAUGGAGUUGGUUUCACCGUCAAGGGUAAGACUGCUAAAGAUAACUCUAUUGCUGCAUCCAUUGAAGCUAAGUACGCCGACAAACCAUCGGGAUUGACUUUGACUCAAGCAUGGAACAACGCCAACUCGUUAGACACCAAGAUCGAGUUAUCGGAAUUAUUGACCCCGGGUUUAAAGGGUGAAUUGGUUACUUCUGUGAUUCCAAACGGUCCAAGAAACGCCAAAUUGAACUUCUUCUACCAACAAAACGCCGUCAAUGCCAGAUUAUUUUUUGAUUUAUUGAAGGGCCCAAUUGCCUUAGCUGACUUGUCUGUUGGCCACGAUGGUUUCACCGCCGGUGCCGAAUUAGGUUACGACAUUGCUUCUGCCAAGGUUAACAGAUACUCGUUAGGUGUUGGUUACGCUAAGCCAUUGUACACCGUUGCUGCUACCGCCACCAACAACUUGUCAAUCUUCUCUGCUGCUUACUACCACAAGGUCUCCCCAUUGGUUGAAGCCGGUGCUAAGGCCACCUGGGACUCUGUCAAGUCUUCCAACGUUAACGUUGAAUUUGCUACCAAGUACAAGUUAGACCCAACCGCUUUCGUCAAGGCUAAGAUCGCUGACUCUGGUUUAACUGCUCUUGCUUACUCCCAAGAAUUGAGACCAGGUGUCAGAUUAGGUUUAGGUGCUUCUUUCGAUGCCUUGAAGUUGGCUGAACCAGUCCACAAGUUAGGUUUCUCUUUAUCAUUCUCUGCUUAA